AAUGAAAUAAAAGAUAAGGGAUGUGAAAGCAUAGGAUUUUCAUAUUAUAUAUAUUUUAUAUACGGCAUAAGAAUGUCUGAGUCAUCGAUGAAAGGAAACAACGAUAUUGGACGUUGUAUUAACUCGAGGGUGGUUCAGUAAGCACGACACCUACGUUUCCAAGAAGACGACGCCUACGUACCGCGCAAACACAUCGAGAACGCAUUGUAACUGACAGUUUUUAUGCAAAUCAAUAAUUCGAGUACGACGCAGCGAUAAAGUUUGCCUUUACUUUAAUAGAAUAUAUUUAAUAUCUCUGUUUUCGAACAACAGUAACAACGACGUUGACGGUAGACAACACUCGGCAUUCGAUACCGAGUUUCCUUCGCGAUAGAAACCUCCACGGAUUAUUGAGUGUAAAAAAAAUCAAAAGGGUGUUUUCGAUUAUUAAAUGGCUGAUUGUUAAACCACCUUUUGCGUGACGAUAAUCGGUGCUGAUUGCAUGUUUUAAGACAUUUGUUUUAAGACAUUGGCGACGUCGAAUUUGCUGGUGCAUAAUGUGCAACGUUUCUGAGAAAGGGUCGAAGACAAUGAGGCGAAUUCAGUUACAAAGUAAUUCGCGGCGCAAAAGACGGCCUUUGCGCAUAGGUCUCUUCAUCGUAUAUGUGUUAGUUCAGUACAUCACUUGUGCAAAAAUACCUGAAGAGCUGACUUCCACUUAUCCCAGUUCUACGGAUCGCGAGGAAAACUGGACCGUAGAAUCUACCUUGGAGUCGUUUACGACCACGGUCGAGGAAACGAUUAUCAAGGAGCCGUUAUCGGUGGAAAGUGUAGCGAAAGAAAUAGAUGAAAAAAAUGAAGGGAAGAGCAAGGAGGAGGAAGUGGGCAGCGACAAACAAGAGCAGAAAGGCAAAGAAGAGAAGAUAAAGGAGGAAGAAAAAUCGAAGGAAGCGCAUGAAAAGUCAAAGGAGGAAUUAGUUGGAAAGGCGGUGGUCCCUAAGAAAGAAGUCACAACGAUUUUAUCUAAGAAUGUUCCUAGAACCACAACGGUUCCAUCAACGACCACUUUAAAAUACGAGCGCGCAACAUGGAGACCGCGAAGAGAAAACUGUUCACCUCCAGCGAUCGAACAAUUUCCACGACCUUUAAUGGGCCCACAAGCUAAACACGGUGGAUUGAUCAUCCAUAUUUUAGCCGCAAUCUACACUUUUCUAGGCCUUGCCAUCGUUUGCGACGAUUAUUUUGUCUCCAGUUUGGACCGAAUUUGCGAAGAGCUACGAUUGUCUCCUGAUGUUGCUGGAGCAACUUUCAUGGCUGCCGGUUCCUCAGCCCCCGAAUUGGCAACUGUGGUAAUUGGUGUUUUCUUUGCCAAAGAUGAUAUUGGAAUAAGCGGUGUGAUUGGAAGCGCGGUAUUCAAUAUAAUGUUCGUGAUAUCGGUUUGCGGGCUUUGCACAACAACAGUGUCAAAAUUGAAUUGGUGGCCCCUUUGCCGGGAUUUCUUUUACGCGGUAUCGAUAUUGAUAAUGCUCGGCACAAUUUACAACGAAUCCAUAUCAUGGAUGGAAUCAUUGUUCAUGUUGAUUAUGUACGGUGUAUAUUGUGUGGCGUUAUCUUUCAACAGUAGAUUGGAACGAUGGGCGAAAUCUUACAAUAUACCUUUUCUACCAAAAGACGACGAACCCGCGGAAGAAAGCGCUCUCGUUAGUUACAGAUCAUUGCAAGAGGAUCGACUGUCAUACACAGGGCCUUGCUCUCCUACGGAUCAAUAUAAAACACAUGAAGCGGCAACGGGAGGACCAACCGCACCUGAAACGAACGAAGCGGCACCUCCGAAACAACCAGAGUAUUACAAAGCGAAGGAACCAGAUCCAAACGAAAUAUCACCUUUAGAGAAGCCUACAGAUGGCAGCAAAUGGACACUUUUCACGUGGGGCCUUGUUUACCCGAUUCAUUUUAUGUGCCGCGCAACGAUGCCAGAUUGCCGCCAAGAAAAAUUUCGGAAUUGGUAUCCCUUUACCUUCUGCGUAUCGAUGGUUUGGAUCAGUUUCUAUAGUUACAUCAUGGUGUGGAUGAUCACGAUUAUAGGCAGUACUCUCGGUAUACCCGACACGAUGAUGGGUUUAACAUUUGUCGCUGCUGGCGUCAGCGUACCUGAUGCUCUUUCAUCAUUGGCGGUGAUUAAAGAAGGACUUGGCGACAUGGCGGUGAGCAACGCAGUUGGAAGUAACGUCUUCGAUAUUCUAGUUUGUCUCGGGCUUCCUUGGUUUAUACAAACUGCGAUGAUACAGCCAGGCUCGCACGUGAACGUCACCAGUCGAGGUCUGACGUAUUCGACAGUAUCUUUACUGUCAACAGUGAUAUUCUUAGUACUAGCGACCCAUUUGAAUGGUUGGAAGUUAGAUCGACGGUACGGGGUGAUACUGAUGAUUUGGUACUUGGUGUUUAUCACAUUUGCCUCACUCUACGAGCUAAAUAUCUUUGGUGAAAUGAAUCCUCCGUCAUGCUAUAGCACGUUUUAAAAAAAAAAA